CUCAAUUCUUUUGUCUUUCUAAAUUUUUGAAAUAACAUCAGAUGUUGUUUACAGCUUGAAUUCGUUUUCUUUUUUGAAAAAAAAAAAAAAUUGUCAAUAGUUUGCUUACUCGUAAGCAUUUUUAUGUUUUGAUAAAGAGUAUUUAUCUCAAGCAUGCUGAACGACUAGAGUAGUCACCAGAACGACUAGAGUAGUCACCAGAACGACUAGAGUAGUACUAGAGUAGCUUCUGCUUUUCUUAAGUUUGGUAUAUAAAACUCAAAACUUGAGCAAUAUUGAUGUUUGUUUACAAGAUAUACUAGAAAAAAAAAUGGCGGAUAAGAAAGAUUUAGUUUGCCAGUUGCAAUUUAGAGAUUCAGCAAAAUAUCCCAACAAUUUGUUUUUAAUUGCUAGUAUUGAAGUUAAUGUUAUUUUGACAUUAAUAUCUAACGCUGCAUUAAUUUUUGGCCUAUAUAACACAACAAGAAGCAAGAAGUACACUCGGAAUAAAAAACUUGUCAUGUUAUUAUCCGUUACUGAUAUAAUAAAUGCUUUGGUAGUUUCAACAUCACAAAUUGUAUUGCUUAAACGUGUCGAGUCUUGCGGUUGUUUAGAGAUCUCGAUUAUAAUUUUUUUUCGCUUUUGGUUUCUAGGUGUGACCUGUUCUAUUUUUCUUAUGAUAUGUUUGGAAAGAUUUAUUACAGUUGUAUACAACAACAAAAUAUGUGGAAUUUAUGUAAAAGAUUCGUACUCUGUUGGUUACCUUAUAUUUGUUGCUUUUGCUACAUUGAUUGCUGGUAUAUGUAACGGAUUUAUCUACGCAACUUUAAACUUAUAUUUACAUUUUUUAUUAUAUAUAGGAACUGGUAGUUUAGCGCUUAUUUUUCUUAUAAUGAUUGUAGUUACAAACGUUUUAAUGCUACACGGAGUUAAAAGUAACUUAAGAAAUCGUUCGCUGGAAUUUCAAAGAAACGCUGCGAUUGAAAACCACCUCACAAAAACUGUAGUAAUAACCUCACUCGCUCAUGUGUUUUUUUUUUGCCCUUUUAUAGCAGCGCAGUUCUAUAUGUCUUUUAUUGUUUCCAAAAAUGAAACUUCUCUUAUUUCUCCAGCUCAUAAGAUACUAAUGUGGACCGUUGUACUUAGGAAAUCAAGCUCAUGGUUUAACGCAACUAUUUAUACUUUAAGAAGCAGAAAAAUUUCAAAGUUAUACGUUUCUAAAAUAAAUUCAAUAUUCAGAAGUUGCAGUGGUAGAAGUAGUUUAACAACAAAGGAAGGGCUAAAAAAAAAUACAAACUUUAUCCUAAAAUUCAAUCGAAUAAGCAGGUAGUUGCAAUUUGAAAUAUUGUCUGUAUCUAAUAACUAUUGAAAAUUUGAAGACUAAAAUUUGAAAUAGUUAAUGUCAAAUAUUUUUAAAAUUUACUGCUCGUUAUUAAAAAUUUUUAAUUAUAUAUUUUUUAUAACGAAUGCAACUUUUGUUUGCUGAAUAACUUAGUUUUUUAAGUUUACCAAGCUCUUACCAAACUUUUACCAAAUUAUCUUAACAAACAUUAUUAAAACUUAUCACCAAACAUAAACAAAAUAUACAGAAGAGUUUAUAUAUAAAACGGA